ACCUGUGGGGUUUGUUUUUUUUUUGGGGGGGUGUGUGUGUGUGUUAUCCCUGUGACGGGGACUCGUUGUCCUUGUUGAGGGGGGGGCAACUUGCCAGCUCCUCCCAGGUACGAGCCGCAACGCCGGAUGCCUGGGGGCUCCCUGCCCAAAUUCCCGGCUGAUCCCAAGACCUGCCCCAACCCGCCCGAAGGACCGUGGUGGGCGAGCGAGGGGGGUCCUCGGGGGCCUUCCUCACCUCCUGCCUGCCGCCUCCUCUUCCUCCCCGGUGUCGGCGGCCCCGGUGAGCCCUUUACCGGAAGGAGGAGUGGUUUCCCCCCCCCCUACACCCGGUACCAACCCGCGGGACACGCACCCAACGGGCCAACCCUCCCCGUCGGCGACGCCACCGCCUGUCCCUGUCACCACCGGGGCCAGGAGUGGGCCCGGCCAGGGGGAAGCCAAGGUGGCUCCCGUCAAGGGAAGGGAUGCUCAGCCCCUAGCACCCCCGGCGUGGUGAGGAUGUCGGCCAUCCCCGAGGCGUUGGGGCGCCCCCGGAGCAGCUCCUCCCGCAGCCUGGCCGGGACGUUGGAGUCCACCCUGGGCAUGGGCACCUUGGAGAUGGAGAAGGAGCGCAUCCUCAAGGUCUGCUUCUACAGCAACAGCUUCAACAUGGGCAAGAACUUCAAGCUGGUGAAGUGCUCGGUGACGACGGAGAUCCGGGAGGUGAUCAGGUCCAUCCUGGUGAGCGGCCGCAUCGGGCCCGACAUCAAGUUGGCCGAGUGCUACGGGCUGCGCCUGAAGCACGUCAAGUCAGAUGAGAUCCACUGGCUGCACCCGGACCUGACGGUGGGCGAGGUGCAGGAGAAGUACGAGUGCCUGCACCUGGAGGCCGAGUGGAGGUACGAUCUCCAAAUCCGCUAUCUGCCGGAGGAUUUCAUAGAGCGCUUCCAAGAGGACAGGACCACCUUGCUCUACUUCUACCAGCAGGUCAGAAGCCUUGUGAGCAUCCCCUGCCAGAAUCCCUGCCUGCAUCCCCUGCAAGUACCUCCUCUGAGCAUCCUGUACGAGUAUCCCCUGAAGGAGGUGGGCCUGGACCUCUUCUUCCCCAGCCAGAUGCAGGAGAACCUGAAGCUCCACGUGCAUAUCCAUGUCUGCAG